AUGAGCAACUCAAACGACCCAGCACCGAACGGUGCCUCAAAGCCAACCUUUACAAUCGGGACGACAACGCCCAGCGAUGCAACCGAUGAAUUAUGUCCCAGGCUAGGCACGCUCCAGCUGCCGGGCCGGCGCACAGUAGAGACGCCCAACUUCACAGCUGUCACGUCCAGAGGAGUCAUCCCCCACUUGACACCCGAGGUCGUGUCGAAAUAUACUUCAUUCAGCUCUGCAUAUAUAUCUCUCGAGGACUUUCUCGAGAAAAAGGACCAUGCCAUACUAAAGAUGCCAACCACGGACAGGCCUCUACACGCAUUCACCUCGUUUCCCACGCACAUCCCUACCAUUGUCGCCGCGCGGCGCUGUCCAUCGGUCCUUGCGCCGGGGGGAAACACGGCCAAGAACAUAUCCAUCUUCACCUCCACCGGUUUCAGCACAAUCACCGUUCCCAAAUUCGCGGCCACUGUGGCCCACAUACGGCCAGACAUUGUCAUUCCUCUCGCCGAUCUGCUGCACAUCAGUCUGAAUCCAUCUCUGAAGAAGAAGGUCCGCAUGGCCGAUCGCACAGAGUCAUGGAUGGACGAGUUCCUGGAGCUGGUGAAUGCGGACGUCAGAGAGAGUGCAGGGAUCAAGGUGUUUGCGCCCAUCCUCCCCAUUGACCACGCCACGCAAUGGGCGUAUAUCAACCAUCUUAACGAGGAUCUGUCGGGAGACCUGGCCGGUCUCGCCAUAUACGACGUCAACAUUCUACCGGAUCUCCAGCUGUACAAGAACCUGACCAGUCUGCCGAAGCUGUCGCUUGAUCUACCCAAAACGCCACAUGAUGUGCUACGACAGGUGGCGCUCGGCGUGGACCUCGUUCUGGCUUCCUUUGUCAACGUCAUCUCAGAUGCUGGCAUUGCGUUUUCCUUCACCCUACCCACGGAUGGAGAUAUCCCUACGGAUGGCGACGCUGGAGCGAUAAGGCCGCUGGGCGUUGACAUGAGUGAGACUGCCCACGCGACCAGUCUGGAACCUCUCCUGGCGGAUUGUGUAUGCUACACGUGCACAAAGCAUCACAGAGCCUAUGUCAACCAUCUUCUCCACGCAAAGGAGAUGCUUGGGUGGAAUCUGUUGCAGAUCCACAAUCACCACGUCCUCAGCGUCUUCUUCUCCUCGAUACGCACGGCCAUGGGUCGGGGUACCUUUGAGGCGGCAAGGGAGGCUUUCGGCAGAGCCUGGGAUGUCGACUUUCCACAGGGUAUGGGGGAACGACCGAGGGCGAGGGGUUAUCACUUCAAAAGCGAAGUGUCCCAGGAAAAGUACAACAAGCCGGUAUGGAAGGGCUUGGAACCUGGCCAGGGGGUGAUGGCGGAUGUCUAG